AUGUCGGCGAAACCGCAGUGCGUGGGCGUGAAAUGGCUCGAUCGACGCGAAGAGGACAACACAUCACCGCCGGACUUUGAGGUCGAUGGCACCCUCGCCGCGGUACUGGCUCGUUGCGGAACGACGCGCCUCUAUUCGCAUCAAAGCGCGGCGAUUAAAGCCGCGCGCUCGGGGCGCUCGGUUGUCGUUUCGACGCCCACGGCUUCGGGGAAAUCGAUAUGCUACGUGGUGCCGAUUUUCGAAGCGAUCAUGGACGAAAGGUCGAAGCAGUCCAAGGCGCUGCUGAUGUUUCCGUUGAAGGCUCUCGCGAACGACCAGUUACACAAGAUGCGCCGCCGCCUCGCCGACGCAAAGUUGGCGGUGUGCGACGGCGACACCGACGAGGCGGCGAAGAAACAGAUAAAAAUUCAAGGCACGCAAAUCAUCUUGACCAAUCCCGAUUCAUUGCAUCACGCCAUGCUUCCAGGUCACAGGACGUGGGGUAAAAAGUUUUGGGGGUCGUUGCGGUACAUAGUCUUGGACGAGGCGCACACGCACACGGGCGUGAGUGGCAGUCACGUCGCCAACGUUCUUCGGCGACUUUCGCGCGUGUGCGCGUCGUGGGACCCGACGACAAGACCAGAGUUCAUCUGUACGUCGGCGACGAUCUCUAACCCAGUUCAGCACAUCCGACGCCUUACGACGCGCACGCCAGUGUGCGUGGAUAUCUCCGGCGCGCCGAGUGGUGAGAAGGCGAUGAUUUUGUGGCAACCGCCCGAGUCGGAAGCGGGCGGGAUGAGCGCGGCGACGUGGUUUCAGCAACCAAAUCUUGCGAGUCUUUCGGUGCGAAGCAAAAUACGCUGUCUCGUCUUCGUCAGCGCGCGAACGUUGGCGGAGACGGUUUCGCGCGACGCAAAAGCAAAUUUAGCGAAAAAGAACCCAGAAUUGGCCUCAAAAGUCGACUCUUAUCGAGCGGGAUACAAUCAAAUUGAACGAAGAAAACUAGAACGUCGUUUGCAGAACGGCGAAAUCAGCGCGCUUGUGUGCACGAGCGCUUUGGAGAUGGGCAUCGACGUCGGAUCGUUGGACGCAACCGUGCACGUGGGAGUUCCUGAAACGGCAUCGGCAAUGUGGCAGCAAGCUGGUCGUGCGGGACGUCGCCGAGGGGCAUCUGUCGCCAUCGUCAUUGCGUGCGAGCGUCCUCUGGACUACCACUACGUCACCAGGCCUGGUGAAUUGUUUGAGCGACAGAGCGAAGAGGCGCUCGUCGACCCACACAAUUCUGCAAUUUUAGAGAUACAUUUGCCGUGUGCGGCGAAAGAAGCGCCUUUGCAUCUCGCCAUUAAGCGCGCGUUGGGCUCGUCGACGUCGGCGCGCACGUGCGUUUUCAACAAAACGACAAAGACGAUCGAGUGCGCGCCGAACGUAUAUCCGCACAGAUCUGUCAUGCUACGCGGCGUGCAGAGCGGCGAAGCUUGGAAACUACUCGAGUCCCCUAGCGGGUCGUUGGUUGAAGAAAUUGAAGGCCAUCGCGCUCUCGCGAGACUGUACGUGGGUUGCGUAUUCAUCGCUCGACGGAAGGCUUUCAUUGUACAGCGGCUUGACAUUGAAAACCGUAUCGCGCACGCGGCACCUUACGAAAAGUUCGAAACGACGCAGACGCGCGAACGGACGGAAGUUGAAGUUCUCGCGCCAGACCCAGAGCAAGGCGUCGGCGAAUUGGUUUCGAAGAAUUGCGCCGCCACGCGUGUCCAUCUCGGCGACAUCGUCGUCUCUGAAAAAGUACUCGGGUACGCCAGGAGUGAUCAUAAAACUGGAAAAUUGCUCCACGAAGAGAUUUGGAAGACGCCCGUGAUUGCGGCGCAGUACCGCACUCGAGCGGUGUUUUUCAAUCUACCCGAUGAAGUCGUCAAUCGCCGCGUCGCAGCAGACGCGCUCCGGGAAGCGACGAAUGGGGUCGCGAACGUGUGCGGUGGACUCGUCGCGAGUAUCGCGAUGUGUGAUACGAGAGACGUCGCCGGUGCUACGCAGCUCCCGAACCCGAAUGAAACCGGACCCGCCGCCGCGCGUAUUUUCUUAUACGACACGACGCCGGGCGGCAUCGGCAUCGCCGAAAAGGUGUUUGAGAAUUGCGAAGAAUUGUGGCGACGGGCGCUGGAGACUUUGAAAAGCUGUGGUUGUGCGUCAGGAUGUCCAUCCUGCGUACAAGCGGGCAGAAGAGGCCGCGACGCCGGCUUCGCGAAGAGAGACUCGAAGAUUGUCCUCGACGGCUUGCUCGGCACCUGGCUCGCGGCGUAG